AAAAGACUGCUUUGUGACUUCGAGUUCAUGUUUCCUGCAGUGCAGCCUAACACAUCAGACAAUCAACGCCAAGUGAACUUCAGAGUGCCACAACUUUCAUAUUCAUAUAUAGUACAUGCAAAAUCAGACUCAGAUGAAAACCAUGGAGGCAUUUCCUGGUGGAACCAACUUUUCCGUAGGGGAGACCGUCCGUGUCCGAGUGUCCGAGCAAGAACAGCGACGAGCGACAAUUUCCUUUCUAGAUGACGACACCGUGGAUUUGUUGCUCGAUGCGUCUCUGUCCCCAGAGCAGCAGCAGUACAGCCUAAGGCAAAGCACGACACAACAAGAGGACGAUAAAACGUUACAUUCUACUCCCACAAGAGUAAAUAUCGAUGGCGACGGUCCGAGCGACGAACUGUGUAAUAUUCCUGUUUCCAAGCUCACCCCACUUCUCGGGUUCGAGCGCGAACUGCUGGAGAUGCGGGAUCCAAAGAUUCGACGGAUCGAACAGAGUUGUGAAGAUGAACCAGAAGACCAAAACUAUUUAAACAAACGAUGGGAUCUUGCGUUCUUUCGCAAGCUGGUCAUCGGCGCGGCCAUGGGCGGAGGAGGUGGUGCGACGUCAUCCUCGAGCAGUCGAGAAAGUUGGUCAACGCAACACGUCCUUGCCGCCGCCUCGCGCAUCAAGGAGGACGGGAACCUUUUGUUCAAGAGACAGGACUACACCGCCGCAUUCGAGCACUACACGAUUGGCAUCGACGGCAUGAAGGUACUGCAGGUUUCGCCUGUAGAAGACCAGUCUUCCAAUUUUAUUCCGUCGUGCAUCCUCGUUCAGGACCCGACGGAUCCCGGGAGCCUGUGCCUCGCCAGCAGAAGCGCCGCGAGGAGUAAUAAAGGCGAGAAAAAUAAAGGCAUAAUCGUGGUCGAUCGGACGACCACCGGGGCGCUGUACCUGAACCGCGGCAGGUGUUUGGAGAAACUCGGAAAAUUUUUGGAAGCCGCACAGGAUUUCACCGUGGUCAUCGGCCUCUACAGUGAUUUGGUCCUCAGCAGCACAACAUCUUCACAGGGAUCCUGUGCUGCCGGAACAAAUAGUAGCGAAGACCCCCCGCCGGCGGCGUCGAAUGUUCUUGAUUUCGAAGUAACCGUCUCGCCGUCCGACGCGCGAGAGAAAGUGUCCAAAGCCUACUUCUUACGCGCGAAGACGAAGCUGGCCCGGAAGAAGUUCGACCACGCGCAGCGCGACGUGCAGAGCGGCAAGGAACUGUUGCUGAUGGACGGGAGACCUGAUCUUGAGUUUCGCAAGCUCGAACGGGAAAUCGUGAUCGCGCGAAAAUCCUUCGUCCAGGGUAACAAGAGCAUCGCCAGGGAAAUUGCGAAAUGGGCGGACAGUGCCUUGGACGACUUGAACGCGAACGGAGGAGGGGCUUCGGGUUCGUCGGAGGAUGUAAUCGCAUAGUGAAAAAUAAACACAAGAGAGCAUGCUUUCUUUGAGCAUUCAUGAUAUUGCUCGCCGUCGCCCGUGUGGUCUUGCAAAUGCGCUAUGCGAGAGACAUUUAGAUCGGCGACAGCGUCCUCGUCAUGCUGGUUGUAAAAGAUAAAGAUACCAGCGCUGCUAUACCAGCUCUGCUAUGCGUGGAAGAUUCGACGUUCGCCAAUUCAUGUGUCACCUCUUCUACGCGCAAGCGGCAAUAAGUGAAUCCACACGACGUAUCUGCGAAAGUAGUGCAAGCAGGGACUCGACACCGGUAUGAUGAUGUUCC